GAACAUACAGAUUUUGUAGUUUAGACAGUUAUUUCCACACGCUUUGUUAAGAAAACAAUAUCCCAACGGUGCCAACAGCUCAUCAACUCAUUAUUUUUAUAAAUAUCAAACUAGCUUGUCCAGUCAGCAUACAUGUGGUCGGCCAAAAAAGUCCUUGAUUACCUAGUUAAUAAUAAAAUAAUAUAAUUAAACAACGGCCACAAAUGGCGGCCAGUUGUAAAUUAAACAUAGUGUCACAUUCAUGAACCCCUCGCCGUCAUACUUUCUAUAUAUAUACUAUACUAGAUAAUCAAUUCUUUCAAUACCUCUGCCAAAUUAACACAACCAUUCACCGAUGAAACCACCGGCGGCCAGCUCCCACGAUGUCUUCCUGAGCUUUCGCGGCUCCGACGUCCGAAACACAUUCGUCGACCAUCUAUACGCCGCGCUUCGCCGGAAAAGGGUCCGGCCGUUCAAGGACGACGUCGACCUAGGCCGCGGCGAGAGCGUGAGGGAGGGCAUUUCGCGGGCCAUCGAGGGCUCGAGCUUCUACGUCGUCGUUUUGACGCGUAACUACGCUUCCUCGGCGUGGUGUUUGGAUGAGCUUGUGAAAAUCAUGCGUUGCUCUAGUAGGGACAACCACAACGGUGGCGGCGGCGGUGGGAAUAACACUACUUUCCCGAUCUUCUACCAUCUGUCGCCGGACGAUGUGUCCGACGUCGGCUGCUAUUACAAGGAUGACUUCGAUCGGCACAAGAGGCGGUACACGUAUGAGAGAGUGGACGGCUGGAUUCAGGCGCUUGCGUGGGUCGUCGGCGUUGCCGGCUGGGUCGUCACUAACCUGCAGUACGUAUGUACGUGAAAGCAUGCAUGCAUGCAUGCAUGUUUUGUUGUCGUGUUCUAUGGAUAGUUGGAAACCUUACGUAAAUCCAUGCAUGCAUGUUGUCACGUGACGUCUAUUUCUUAAUUUAUUUACUGUUUACGUUAACCAAGAAUUUUUCUUCAGGUAAAUUUAGUCAUUUGACGUUCGAAUGCUGAAAUUAAAUUUUGUUAUAAUAUUCUUCCAGAACUAGUUCGGACACUUUUUCCUCCGUGCCCAAAUUCAUCAUAAUUAUUUUAGAAGAUACUAUGUAUUUCUACCCAAAAAAAAAAAAGAUGUCGUAUAUGAAAUUCAUUUGGAAGAUCUAUCAAAUUUACUUACGAUGUAAUAUACCCUUCUACUAAACAUUUUUAUCAACAUGUCUACACACUAUUUCUAACAUCAUGUUCCUGCACUUUGAAUAAUUAGCAAACACGGUACUUUUGCCAAAAUUUUGACCCAAAAAUAGUCAACCACGGUUGAAUCGAUAUUCAAGCGACAUGACAACGGCAAAAUGAGAGGGAAAAUAUUGGUUUUGUCUCUUUAUUUAUUUCUCUAUGUCUCGUUAAAGGGGAAGGUAUUGGGCUAUACAAAAGAAAUAUAAAGAAAUAUUAUAGUGAAAUUUUUAUGUAUAUUUUUUACACUUGUGUUGCUCAAAUAAAGUUCGACCGUGUUACUGUUUUUUUAUGAAAUUUUAACAUACUGGCAUAUUUGAUCAUCUUUUCAAAGUAUGCGUUCAUAUUUGAUGUAAAAAAAUAAUAAAGCAUGUUUCAUAAUAAAACUAUAAAACUGUAUUAUAGAGAUAUUAAUUAUUAUACCUAUAACCCUUUACUUUAUCAUUCCUUAAUUGACUUGAUUUGCUUUAUCGUAGAUUGAGGGUUACUCACAUCUUUUGUUUUUUUCGUACGUAUAAAUUCUACUGUUAGGGGUUAAAGAAGUAUGGUCUGUAUAUAGUUCACUUAUUUUAGUUUAGGGUUUCAUCGGUGAUCGGUCAUUGCAGAAUAAUAUUGAGCAUAAAAGUUCCGAAUAUGUUAUAAAAUAAUCGAAUUUUAUAAUUUCAAAAUAAAUAAAUAAAUAAAUAAAUAUAUAUAUAGAUGCCUACUUCGGUACACUCACUUUGAAUGCACCCAACUCUAAAAAUGGUCAUAAUACAUCAAAUUUUAAAAUUUAAUAGGUAGCAUUAGUCUAAUAUGACGAUAUAACACAGAUUCGCAAAUAAUCAAUCCAUUACCCUAACCUAUUAACCUUCAAUUUUGAAUCCCAACCCAAAAUCCAAAAUUGUAAACCCUAACCAUAAAUUUCUAAAGCCUAAAUCAUUCAAAUUAAAGUGAAUCUUGAAUGAUUUUUGUACAAAUUCAUGUGGUUCUUGUUCAUCAUACCACAAGUGAUGAUUGAAAUAGUUUUCACAUGAAUCGCCUGCUCAGAAUGACGGUUAUGAGGCGGGUGCAUUGAUUGUACCAAAAAAGUGAGUUCACCAAAAACAUAACUAUAUAUAUGUAUAUAUAUGUGGUGGUGUUUUCAGUGCACUCACUUUUUUGUGUGCAUUCAAUGCACUCGCCUCAUAAUCGUCAUUCUGAACAUGUGAUUCGUGUCAAAACGGUAUCAAUCAUCGCUUAUGAUAUUAUGAAUAAGAAACACAUGAAUUCGUACGGAAAUUAUUUAAGAUUUAUUUUAAUUUGAAGGAUUUAAGGUUUAGGGAUUUAUGGUUAGGGUUUUGGUUUUUAUUUUGGGGUUUUGGUUUGGAAUUCAAAAUUGAAGGUUAAGGGGUUAGGGUAAUGGACUGAUUAGUAGUGAUUCUAUUUUAUAUCAUCAUAUUAUACUAAUGCUGGCAAUUAAAAUUCAAAAUUUUA